ACAAACCACCUUCCAGACAGGCCCUAAGUAUACACAUGACGUUAGGGUUUUAUCUCACUUAUAUUUGUGAGCUGAAGUCUCAGUCGCCGCUCUAGCGCAUUCCCGUUCCCAAACACAUACGCGGUAUCGACGUCUCAGGUUUUUGGAUCUUCUAUAGAGCUUUUAGAUCUUCAGCAAAGAUGCAGAACGAUGAGGGGCAAAACAUGGAUCUUUACAUCCCUAGGAAAUGUUCAGCAACAAACAGGCUGAUUACUUCAAAGGACCACGCAUCUGUGCAGAUUAAUAUUGGACAUCUGGAUGAGAACGGUAUCUAUACCGGUCAAUUUACCACCUUUGCUCUUUGUGGUUUUGUCCGGGCCCAGGGAGAUGCUGACAGUGCAGUUGAUCGUCUCUGGCAGAAGAAGAAAGCUGAAGUUCGACAGCAGUAGCGAAUUUUAGCCAUGAUGACUACAGUAGGCAUGCAUUGCCAUUUGGGAAAAUUUUCUUGCUGUUGCUAGAGACCGAAUUUUCUCGUUAUUUGCUGAAAUGUUACUGAAAUGCUUGAUGAUGAUGUGUACCUGUGUUGCCUUUAUUUAUUUAGUAAUGUUUUAUGGGGAUAACAGUUAAAAGAUGGUAUCUACCUGAGUGUUUGGCUUUAUUUAUUAGCAAUGUGUAAUGUGGACGUGUGCGUCUUUGCUGGUGCUAGUGUUUAUUAGAUUGAUCAAUGUUGCUUGA